AUGGCGUCUCUUCUCCUUCCUUCUUCUAAACUUCUCCUCCAUAGUCGAACUCAACACAAUGUCCAACCAUUUCACAUCCCUCUCUCCUCCCCUAAAACACCAUUUUCUAUCUCCUCAGCUUCUCUCCGUCAACACUCUACUUUCGUCUCAGCUUCCAAAACACAAUCGGAAGCUUUCACGGCGGCGAAGACGAAGACGGAGAACAAGAAACAGCCGGUGAAGAAGGUUUUGAGCGAGGAGGAAGAAGUAGAAGAGGAAGUGGAGGAGGAUAUGUUGUGGAUUCAAGAGAAGGCGUUAGACCUAGUCGGGUUCACUGGUACGGUGGCUCAAGCGAUUCCAGGUCCCCGAGUUGGAGAUACCAAGUUGCCGUGGAUGCUCGCCGUUCCCUUAACUUACGCCGUCACCACUCUCGUCACCGCUGUCGUUAAAACCGUUAAUAAUGUGUCUUCUCCUGACGCGCAACGCAAGAAACUGGUGAAUCAGAAUGCGAUGCUGUGUGAAUCUAUUGAUGCGCUGUUAGAGAGAGAAGGCACUAUGAGUAGAUUUGAGCUUAAGGCAAUUGAAGAAAAGACAGAGUUCAACAUGGUGGAGAUACUACGGAAGUACAUUUAUUACGCCUUGAAUGAUAAACCGUUUAAUCCUGACCUUAUUGAGAAUCUUAUUCAUCUCAGAAGAGCUUCUGGUUUGAUUGAGGCUCAGAUUCCUGAGGUUUUAAAUGAGAUCUCUCGUCGUAUUGUUAAGGAGAAAGGUAAAUCUAAAAGUAAACCUAUAAAGAAUAAAAGCUUCUUCGUUGUUACAAUCUUUUCUAUAUUUGCAGGCCCUGUUGUUAUGAAUAAGCAGGGGUUUACAGAGAAAGGGUUCAAGAGAAAACUAGCCGUGCAGACGCUUUUUGGAAAGAUAUUCUAUCUUUCCGAGGUUCCUGACUUCUGCUUAAAAGACGACUCCUUGGUUGUCAAGGAAAUAUUUGGAGUUACAGAUGAAGAUGCAGAGAAGCUGAGGAUACAAGCACUUGCUGAAGCUGGAGACUUGGACUCACUUGAGAAGAUGGUGGAGUUUGAGAAAGUGGCUGAUUCUUCUUCUUCUUCGGAUACAGAAGAUUCAAAUGAAGAUGAUGACUCCAUUACCUCUCCUUAA